CCGGUACCCCACAUCCAUCUCUCCGGUCUCCGCCAUCGCCAUGGGUCAGGCCUGGGCGUCUCUCCAGGAGAAGCUACAAGGGCGGCACUGGAAGGAGAGGCAGGUGCGGAAGAUCACCGACAAGGUGUUCGACCGGCUCACCGAGGACACCCAGAAGCGCGAGAAGGAGGCGCUCACCUUCGAGGAGGUCUACAUCGCCGUCCUCUGCGUCUACAAUGAAAUCAACAAGUACUUGCCGGGGCCGCACUACGAUCCCCCAUCUAAGGAGAGGCUCAAGGCGCUCAUAGAUGAGUUUGACAUCAACCUGGACGGUCUGUUGGACCGCGAGGAGUUCGCUGAGUUCAUACGGAAGCUGACCGCCGAGUCACUCUGCGCGAUCAGCCUGAAGUUGAUCAUCACGCUGGUCGCUGCCCCUGCGCUGGCACUGGCGACAAAGAGGGCCACCGAGGGCGUCCCAGGCGUCGGCAAGGUGGUGCACAAGGUGCCCAACGCCAUCUACGCCGCCAUCAUCACUUUAGCUGCCGUGAUGGUCCAGAAGUCCGCUGAGGGCGUCGAGUAGGAGCCGUUGCAGCCUUGAACCGUAAGCUGUAGAUGCACCAGGCAACCAUUGGGCUGUAAAUGUUCUGAGAUUGGCCGUGUGUUGGUGAUGUCUUUGGGGUCUGUUUUGCUGUAAUGUCUUGUUGACCGGGUGGAUACAUAUAGUAUUACAGACUGUAUUAGCUGCUUGGCGUGAUAAAUUCAGUAACUGAAUAAAGCCAUGGUCCUGCUACCGCUCGCGAUGCUUUGCU